AUGUUUGAGAUGCUUGGAAUUGAUGCUGACGAGCACCUGAUCCUCUACGCACGAGAAAUGUUUGGAGGGAUGGUUCAUGCUGCUAAAUUCGCUUGGCUUUUCAAGUCCUAUGGUCACGAGAAGAUUUCGCUUAUUGAUGGUGGAUUCGACGAAUGGGCAAAAAAGGGUCAUCCAAUCAGCAAAGACGACGUAAAAUUGAAGCGUGGAACAUGGAAGGCCGGCGAUAACAUGGCAAAGUACAACAUCACAUUCGAACAACUAGAGGAGCAACAUGGCGAUAGGAAGUACAUCGAAUGGACGGAUGAUCUAAAUCUGCUCGAUUCACGAGUACGCGGUCAAUUUGAAGGAACCGUUCCCACCGAUUCUCCACCAAGUUAG